CAGACAGCUCGAGGGCACACAAAGCGUAGGGUUUUGACGCUGCAACCGUCUGCUCCGCUCGCACUUGCACUUCCGAUUUGCUCAGAGCCAAAAUCCAAUGGCGGACAAGGCAGUGACCAUUCGUACUCGGAAGUUCAUGACCAACAGGCUUCUGUCCAGGAAACAAUUCGUCAUCGAUGUUCUUCAUCCUGGUAGACCUAAUGUAUCCAAGGUAGAGCUGAAGGAAAAGUUGGCAAGAAUGUACGAGGUGAAGGAUCCGAAUGCGAUUUUUGUUUUCAAGUUCCGGACCCACUUUGGAGGUGGCAAGUCGACAGGGUUUGGUUUGAUUUAUGAUUCUGUUGAUAAUGCGAAGAAAUAUGAGCCAAAAUACAGGCUUAUCAGGAAUGGACUUGAUACCAAGGUUGAGAAGUCAAGGAAGCAGUUGAAAGAAAGGAAGAAUAGAGCAAUGAAAAUCCGCGGAGUGAAGAAGACUAAGGCGGGAGAUGCUGCCAAGGGAGGAAAGAAGAAGUGAGUUCUCUGAUGUUUGGGGAUAAAAUUGUAAAACCCAUAUGUUGCUCUGGGGGUCUUUUAGUUGCCGUAGUUGGUUUGGUAAGGAAAUGCACUAUCUUGUGGUGCCUCCUGUGUCGACCUUGGUGGUUAUUUGUUUUUGAGUUAUUCUAUCAUAUCUAAAGUUUUGUUUGAAGUCCGGAGGAUAUUUUUGAAAUGUUAAGAAUAGGAUCAGGCCCGACUGUAGUGGAAAUUUGUCAGGUAAUAGAAUUAAGCACUGUUUACCUUCUUUUUUUUUUUUAGGGGAAAUUAUAUAUGCCUUUUGAGACCCGUA